ACGGAUAUGUUUACGCUAUUAUAUGAAAGUAUGUUAAUUACUUUCAACGCUUGAAUGUUAACUUUAAAGAAGUCAAUAUGUUAUGAAAAGAUGACAGACAUUGAGAAACACAAUAUGUCUAGUAAAAUAAGGACUAAUUUGAUAUGGAUAUUAAUCGUGAACAUUGCUUUGGUUAUUCUUUACAUGUCUGUUUCUAACAAAAUAUAUUCAUCCGAUAUUGAGAAAUCUUUAGUGCACGAAAUAUACAACAAUAAAGGAAUUAUACAUAUAAGCAACCGGACGGUUAACAGACGAAAGAAAACGGAAAUUUAUCCAGAAAAAGUUGUUAGCGGUGAUUGUACCGGACUUCUUUUUCCGGCGCACUUAUCACCGGAAGUAACAUGGCGUCCAGUAAACCCAGAAAACUCGGCUUAUGUAUUCUCUAUGUAUCAUUUAAAGGACAAAAGUAGACUUGUUAUCAUCGGAGCUAAAGAGAAAGAUUAUACAACUUAUUAUUGUCAGAUGUGGUACAGUUUGACUACAAACCGUUCUUAUCACAUGGUCCAAAACCCAGCCAGAGCGGCUGUUUUGCCAGAAGGCCACGGGAAAAAAUAUUCUGCAUCAAUAUUCGAAUGUCAGCUGCAAUCAUCUAAUCUACCAGACUAUGUUUCCGUGGUCAAUCAAAGUUGUGGAAUUCCACUUCAUAUUCUAAAUGUUGUCCCAAAAGAAAAGAAAGUUGCACAAAAACGACUGUUCACAGUAUGCCUGGCCCCUCUAAAUUUUAAUUUCGAUAAUGAUUCACAACUUAUUGAAUGGAUAGAACUGAACAGAAUUCUCGGAGCGGAAAAAUUUAUAAUAUACAACUUUUCAUCUUCCGUUAGCGUUAAGCGCGUGCUUGAUUUCUACUCAAAACGAGGCUUAACGGAAGUGGUGCAGUGGCAGGUACCAAUGGCGGUUGAUACUUAUUCAGCACAAAACAUUUCGGCCGAUAUUCAUUAUUUUGGCCAACUCGCUUCAUUAAAUGAUUGCUUAUACAGAAACAAAAACAUUUCGGAAUUUAUUGUUAAUUUAGAUCUCGAUGAAUUCAUAAUCCCGCAGUCGGAGGAAAUACUUACUUGGUUAGAUAUGUUAAAACAAUUAUACCAACAGGAGAGACAUGCAUUUUCAGCAUACCUAUUUAGAAACACAUUCUUCUGCUUGGAAUGGAAUAACUCACUAAUAUCCACAUUAAAUACAUCUUUUAUAAAACAUUACAACUUGGUUACGCUUCAAAAACUUGAACAUGAUAAAAAUAUUUUUCCAGCAAGAAUAAGGUCGAAGUAUUUUGCACGAACUUCUCGUGUAUCAAAUAUAAUGAUACAUGAUAUUCUUAUGAUACCGUAUAAACAGCAUUUUGUCGUACCUCCAACUAUAGGACUUCUACAUCAUUACAGAAAUUGUGAAGAUUUAUUCGUUUCUUCGGAUGAAAGAAAACUCGUCACAACAGUAAUGGAUAAGUACGGAAAAACUUUAAUUCAUAAUGUUUUAGGUGUUUGGAAAGAGUUGGGGAAAAUCAAUUAAUAGCAAAUAAUGAUUAUCUUCCAUAGAAAACAGUUGUCAUAGAAAUUAUGAAAUCAAGCGUGGUUAAGUAUAUUUAAUGCAUUUAUAAACUGUUACUGAAUACACGUCAUGUUUGCAAGGACGGAACGUUUCAUGGUAUUAUUAUGUAACAAUUUGCUGGUAAAAUAUACUUAACUUGUCAAUGGUUGGCAAAAGAUAUGGUGGCUGAUAAAAUGCAAAUCAUAGUAAUUCCGUAUUAAUAAUUACAAAAUUGUUUAUCAUGAAAGAGCUUAAUACUGUAUAUCAUUAGAAAGGUCUGUAAACUCAUAUUUCACACAUUAAAUAUAAAUUUUCAAAAU